AUGGACAAAACUUGGGUCUGGCUACCAAGGAAUAGUCUUGAGUAUGAGGAAGGAGCUAUUAAGUUCGUAUGUGAUUCAGUUAGGAGUUUGGGUAAUCCGUCAGCUAUGUUCUGUCCUUGCAUUGAUUGCCGCAACGUCUGCCACCAAUGUAGUGAAACAGUUUUGGAACAUCUAGUCAUUAGAGGGAUGGAUCAUAAGUACAAGAGAAGUAGAUGUUGGAGUAAGCACGACGAAAUAAGGGAUGCUAAGACGAACGAUGUUCAGACGUCAGAGCAUGAGGCUUAUGAUCUGAUUAGGACAGCGUUUACGGCGAAUGAAUUCAAGCACACUACUUAG